CUUCGGUUCCCUCGCUAUUGUUUCCUUCGCUUCAUUCACAUCUCCUCCUCCGCCCUUGAAUGUUCUUCCUGUCACCAACCCAUCGUUACCCCUCCACCGCCGCCCACUGCGCCCUGCUUUCCGCGCCUUCCGCCUUCCGACGUCCCCAUAUACCUACAUAUCUUGCUUCCCUACAGGACACGCAUACCCGCCCUCAUACAACAAAUCGGCAUGCCGCUUAGAGACGACGCUGAAGACAACGACGCACCGCCCCCGCAAGUCUAUCGCGACGACGACAACGAAACCUCUCCGCUGCGCUACUUGGACGACCCCGAAGCCGAGGGCGACAUCGACGUUUCCCUCAUCGCCAGCUCCGAAGCUUCCGACGAAGAGCGAUACCCACAACACUCACAUUCCUAUUAUGUGAAGAAAUACGUGCCAGCCCGCUUGCGCCGAGCAUGGAGGACAACCGCCCUCUGGGUCAAAGGUCCUCAACCACCGCGUCCGUGGACCAUUCGCCCGCUCUUUCCCACCAUUCAAAGCGCACCGCUGCGCUUCGUUGAGAAGUGCUUUCCCAAGCACAAACACAAGGUAGCAUUGCUGGCCUUUUUCUACUUUUGCUGGUUCCUCAGUUUUGCUCUGGUUCUGCAUCGCUCUGCAUUUGCUGCCGAUAUACCAGGACACGGCGCUCCCGUACGCCUCCGAUGCACCGAUCAGUUGUGGACCAGCAGGAACGAAUGCGGUCUCGAUGGAGACCGUUGCCGACCCUUUGCAAACAGGACCGUGGCCUUUCGUUGUCCGGCAAACUGCAAGCGCGUACAACUGUUGAAUCCCCACGCGGUUGGAGAUCGGGAAUGGAACUACAGACCACUCGUCAUCGGCGGCCCAACGGACGAGGACCACUCACUUGAGAAUACAUAUUAUAGAGGCGACUCGUUCGUCUGCAGCGCCGCCAUUCAUGCCGGCUUCAUCAAUGAUGCCAGCGGUGGAUGCGGUGCACUCUCGCUCCUUGGAGAACGUACCGACUACCCCAGCGUGAGCCGUAAUCGCAUCACCAGCAUUCCCUUUGACUCGUAUUUCCCCAAGUCAUUCUCUUUCCUCGCUGGCACCGCUACCAAGUGUCGUGAUCUCCGUUGGCCAUUGCUUGGGGUAUCCCUCACCUUCACAAUCCUGCUGUCCCUGUUUACCUCCUCGCCGGCCGUCUUCUUCUCCUCCAUAUUCGUAGGCGUAUUCUUCCACGUUGCGCUCGCUUCCGAUCCCCCAAACUUGACCGACUACUACUCUAUUCUUAGCAUCGCCCUUGGCCGCUUCUUGCCCGCUAGCUUUUGCAUGUUUGCGAUAUACAGGUUCUUCGUGAGAAGGACUUUGCAUGGCCUCGAAGCCCAAAUCGAGAAGACGUUGUUGUGGCUAGGUGGGUGCUGGGUGGGUGCCUUGAACAACUACACUUUUGACAAGAUCCCCAUCGAACGCCUCACUCCCCAUGAUAUCAAAAACCAACCUGGAGCCAUCCCAGCGCUCAUCAUUAUAGUGUUGGUACUGUUUUUCAUUGCCAUCGGUCAGGCUUGGUGUCUCCGUGUGGAGGGACGUCUUCCUCGGUACCUGGCGCUCUACGGCCUAUAUGUUGCCGUCAUCUUGGCUCUCGUAGCCAUUCCCAAGAUGAAUGUUAGGAUUCACCACUAUAUCCUUGGCCUGCUUUUAGUGGCGGGCACCUCUAUGCAAACUAGACCUAGUCUCCUAUUCCAGGGAAUCCUCAUCGGACUCUUCAUCAACGGGAUCGCGCGCUGGGGGUUCGACAGUAUCCUCCAGACACCAGCCGAACUCCGCGGUGACGCUCCCGUUGGCACGCUCCUCCCCCUGAUCGCUUCACCCAUUAUUCACCGCAACAUGGACGUUCCGCAGCUUAGACCCAACAUCACUUUUGAGUGGGAUCUGCCGUUCCCGAGGCACUACGACGGCAUCUCCGUGCUCGUCAAUGAUGUAGAACGCUUCCACGCCUACCAGGACGGUGGCUUGAAGCCCUUUACCUGGGUAAAACACACAGACAAUGAGCCAGAGUAUUUUAGAUUUGCGUAUCUCAGCGGCGGAGAUGCGCGAGGUGAUUACACCAAGGCGGGGACGUGGCAUGCAGAUAACGGAUGGACGCCAAUGAAACCAGGUCCCUCUUAGAAUAUACCCUCCGUUUGGAUAGAGUACUGACAUUGGUUCCCAACCUCUUCCAUUUUGUUUGAAACGAAACGAAAGGAAUAAGCGGGAGGGGUCAUUUUUUAUUCGUUUAGAUAGACGGUUGGUUAGAAAUGACGAGUUGCUUCGCGCGGGGUAAGACAGGAGGGGAAUCGGUUUUGGAUAGAAGAUUGUAUGUAAGCUUGUAGCAUAUAGAUGCCAUGUAGUUCUGCCAUCUCUCACUCCCACACACGCCCGGGUUCUUGAUUGGCUUGUUGGUGAUUUGGAUAUGUGUGCGACUGAAUGUCUGGCUCAAUGCGUUGGGUAUUAGGCAAACCACUCUCGGCUCUCCAACGACGUGAUUCUUGCACCGGAGGGACGGAAGGAGGGUCGCACGAGAUGGAUCUUUUUUUUCGCGCGGUGUUCAGCUUUUCAGCUAAAGCAAGGUGCGGGUAAUACCGUCCUUGCGCUCUUUGUGCGUCGUUCCCACGCAAGGUAGGUAACGCAAUGUGUAUAUGAUACAACCUACUUUCAAAAUGUU